AUGUAUCACAACGCUCAGUGGAUCGUCACCAAAACUAGUUAUCAGAACAUAUGCUUCGGUAUCGCGGCCUGGGGUCCUUCAGUGGGUCGGUCUGCUUGGGCCGAUAACAUGGGCGAUUUCCUCGAAUUUCUUCUCCGAUCUCUAAGCGAGCCAAAAUCUCCAAGACUCAAAGACAUCCUAUGGUCGAGGCACCCAAGAAUAACCUUGAAAGGGAAUUCUCACUAUCGUCCUCGAGUAGUCGACGUCGACGCCCGACAUUCUUUCAGACAAGUUUCAUUGUCUCUAUCACGGCGGAUAGCUGUGGGAGGAAGUUUUUGGAUGCAAGCCAGAACCGCCAAGAGUCCGAGCGAUGAGAAAACUCGAAUUGAUCAACCUGAGUCUGCUACGGCACAACCCGACAUUCCUGACCCCGCCUCCGACGAAGCUAUCGAGCUUCUCAACGAGGUGAUUGAGGUCGCUGAAGAAGACCUUACUGUUGGUGGUUCUGGACCUUACUCUGGACCUGCUGACCCUCCGACGACCACAUUCACUGCCAUCAACGAGCCUGCUGCUGCCGGCGCUGCAUCAUCAUCCAAGGCUGGAGCUGGAAAGAGAAAAAGACCGUCUUACCCUGCCGAGGAUGCCGAGGAGAGCCUUGAAGAGGACUGGGGAGUGAUUCGGAUUGACUGGAGUUGGAGACAAGAUACCCUUUUUAGUUGCCAGUGUCGGACCAUUGCGACCAUUGUGGGCCGGGCACGUAAGGGACCUAGGCACGUGAUGGCACGUGCACCCGUGGUUCCUGCCCCCUUGGGGGACAAGCCUACAACUGUAGGAGUACCGGUAGAAGAACCAUCAUCACCAAUACCACACAACAACAAUCGCAUAGACUAG